AUGUCCUCAGAGUCGCCGCAGCUUGAUAUGGCACCACCCCAGCCGGAUUCUGGGGACCAGAAUGCCGCCCUGGACGCUGAUUCUGGGAAGAGGAAAGCGGAAUCGGCCAACGGGACUCAUACUCGCUCCAAGCGGAAUCGCUACAUCUCCAUCGCGUGUAAUGAAUGCAAAAGACGGAAAAUUAAGUGCAAUGGCCAAGUGCCUUGCCAACGCUGUGGACACCUUAACCUUGAAUGUCGAUAUGCCCCGAACUGCUGCAACAAUAACUUCAAGGAUUCUGAGGAGUUUCGGUCAAUGAAAGACCAAAUCAAAACGCUACAGGACCAGGUCAACAACCUUUUUACGAAUCUCAAGGAUCUUCGGUCGCAAAGGUCGUCCAUAGACCCCCCAAGUUUCGAUGCCUUUUCCCGCGAUGGCUCGCAGUCGGUAUUCACGCCUAUGCAUGCCCCCUUGGCCAAACCACGCAUCAGACAUCCCCGAUUCCAGGGUCCUACCAGCUCUGCUUUCAACUUUGAUGUCGCAAGAUCUAGUCUUCAGAACAUGGGCAUUUCCCCGGCAGAUGAGGUAAUAACGGAUGAUCUGACCACCGCACAUGCCACCCCGGCUGGCUCCCCUCGUCAUGUGGGCCCCUUGUUCCCUUCAAUACAUCCUUCUAAGGAUCCAAUAUGGACCAUCAAGCGAGACGAAGCUUUGCGUCUGUGUCGUGUCUAUGAAGAGGAGAUCGGUAUCAUGUAUCCCCUUGUAGAGAUAGACCAAAUCGCCCAGCAAGUGAAUUUGCUAUACACGUUCAUGGAGUCUGCAAUGCGGACUGGUUUUGCGCAACGGGGCCUACCUGGUAUGGAUGGACUUACUGAUGAUAAUACGCUUCUCUUGAAAAUGAUACUUGCUAUAACAUUGGUUGUGGAAGGGGGUGGGCAAAGCGAGCUCGGGCAACGGUUGUAUCUGAGCGUGAAGCCGGUUGCUGAAUCCAAACUUUGGGAGUCGCUUGACAUCAAGACAAUCCAGCUCUAUGGCAUGAUUGCGACAUAUCAUUUCCAUAUGGACGAUGACGCAAUGGCCUAUCGCAUCAUCGGCCUGGCCGCGCGGAUGUGUCUUGAAAUGGGCCUCCAUCGGCGUGAUGCGCUGAACAAGAUGAUUCCCGACGAGGAACAAUGGCCUGCGGUGGUGAAAAUCUUCUGGACAAUCUACAGUCUAGACCGACGUUGGAGCCUUGGAACCGGGCUGCCUUUCAUUAUCCAGGAUGAAGACAUAGAUCCUAACCUUCCUGAACCGGAUGCUUCGUUGCUGUAUCUGAAAUGUAUGAUAUCAUACAAUCGUAUCAGUUCGAAAAUCUGGUAUUCGGGACUUGGCUCCGAGGGUGCAACAGACAUACGUCGGGAUGAGAUUGGCUAUCUGGACUACCAAAUCCUGCAAUGGUAUAAGCAAGUCCCAGAUGGGCUAAAGUUCUAUCCCGUUGAGUCUCCGAAGCAUGGCCAUGGCGAUUCGGCCAAUCGGGGGCUGCGGCGAUUGAGGGUUCUCCUAUAUCUGCGAAUGAACCAGCUCCGAAUCCUCAUCUAUCGCCCCGUCCUCCACUCCACAGCGAGCAUUGCUGAGGAUAAGGGUCACGCUCAGACAGUAGUGGAUGUUGCGAAAGAUACGAUCCGCGUGCUCACCCAACUCAAUCGGGGCUCCGACAUCUACCGCAGCCAACAGAUUACUUUCAACUACUUCCUUGUUGCUGCCCUGGCAGUUCUCUUCCUUGCCGUGUGCCAUGCGCCGACGGAUUUCAACCGACCAGUGCGGGAGGAGUUCUACUUGGCACUCGAUUUAAUCAACGGGUUCAGCACCAAGUCCUACGUCUCGAAGCGACUCUGGAAAGCUAUCAAGGGACUUCGAAAAAUCGGGGAACGACUGGGAGUGAUUGUCCGACCCUUUGGAUCCGACUCAAACGAUCCCCAUUCAACUGCGGCGGUCGCCAUGGCUGGGUUAGCCGGUCAUCAAAUUGAAGACCUGUCCGUGUAUGGGCCGAUGAACGGGGUCACAGAACUCGGAAACAGUCCACUCAAUGGGCUACAAAUGAGCCAUGAGCUCACGAACCUGUUUGAGGCGGUGGGUGGGAUUGGGAACUUCAUUGGUCCUGGGACAACGUCCGAUGGGAUCAAUGGGUUUGUAGGCCAUGAUGGGGAGAUCCAGAACACUGGAGAGGGGCUCUCGGGCGUGAUUGGGGAUGAGGGCGAAUGGUCACGGGUCAUCAGGGAUUUGUUCUAG